AUGGACUAUAAGUUGUCUAGAGGUAGACGUUUAGUGCAAGCGGUACAUGAUGCUAACGGAAAUAAUGAAAGAAACGAAAACACAUCAGCGAAAGAGAACAUUAACGACUAUCAGAAAUGUAUUCCCGAGGUACAACAAACACUCCCUGUUAUAGUGUUGACUGAAGAUUCUUGCAUUACGGAUUAUGUUUCUCUAAAUUCAUUUAAUAUGGAAGAAGCCCAUCUUCCCUCUACAGAUCAUAUAAUUCCACGUUGUGUGCCUUCUUCAGAACAAGAAGUUUUACCAAUACAACUGGAGUUCGCACACGAUACAAACUCCGAAAGCUCAAGGGAACAAAUUAUUUAUUUAGAAAAAACAAUAAACGAUUCUCAGGAACCAAUCACGCUUACAAAUACUCAUGAUCAUGAACGCCUGCUGUCUUCAUCUAUUCUCGAAAACGAAUCUGAUAAGUUUAUAGAUCCCAAUAAUCACAACAUGAAUGAAGGAAGAAAACGGCGAAAGAAAGCCGACCCUAGCCAGUGGAAGAGGAAUAUUAACAAAAAAUUACGUAUGGAAGGGAAGGCGUACUUAGGAUUCAGAAAAGCCGGGUCUACAGUUAUUCAGGAUAUACCAAGGGACGAACGUAAAAUAAAACCAACUUGCAUGAGUACUGUCUAUGCUAACUCAAAGAAACGAAAUUGCCAAUAUUUCACCCAAGAACACUACGAAGCAGGAAAUCUACAGGAAGAGUCCUGGAAAGAACACAUAGAGAAGAAAGAAAAAGCUAGUAAGGAAAAACGGGAAGAUAAAGAAAAAGCUAAUAUAGGAAAAAUAAUAUUAAUAGAAGUAGACUUCCAGGCAGCUAAGCUAGCGCCAUUUACUCAUGCUAAUGCUUUCUACUACAAAACAAAACUAGCCUGCCAUAACUUUACAAUAUAUGAUAUCAUGGAAGUGGAUUCUGUUCAUGCAUGCAUCGAGAGAAAAUUAAAAAAGAAAGAAAUCAAACUCCCCAGUGACUACGUGUCUAUUACUAGAGAAGCUCGUGAAAAGCUAACACCACACGAAGCCAUAGACCUUACUUACGACUUUUUUCGAGACUAUACAAAGCCUUUACGAUAUAAUUCUAUUAGACCUGGUCGAAUGAAACAUGAUCCAACAGUAACCGACAUAAAAGUGAUAAGCUAUCAUCCUUCGGGAAUAAUUAAAGUAAAACUAGACUUUUCUGAGGAACUAAAAGAUUUACCACAAAGACCAAAACGAUUUGAUCCCGUACAGUCGUAA